AAGGGAGGGAAAGACCAAAUGGUUUUGAAGCAGUAUUGUUUGUCACACACUGGUGACAUCAGAAAUUGAUGGAAAUGUUGAUCCAGGAACAUGUCUUACUUGGCAAAAAUCACCUCAACCGUAAAUAUGUGGAAGCACCCUGUCUUGCAUUGAAUGGAAAAGGUUAGCAUCCAUAAAAAGAAUGAAUAAUAUUUCCAGUACAGUAAUUUUGCUAUUUAUUUCAUCUUACCAUCUCUCAGCAUAUUAUUAUAGUCACUAGUUACCUUGAACUGUUUGUUUUGUUUAGAUGUGCUAAGUGAGGCGCCCUCUGCUGGAACCAAGAAGCUCAACAUGUUCAAACUACAUUGGACUGAACACAUCAUGGAGAUAAAUCUCAAAACUAUUGUUUUAAAAUCACAAGUUAACAUAGUUUUAUGGGUAUGCAUCAAACAAAAAUGAGUAAUAGUGUGUCAUUAGGCAGUAGAGUGUGCAUUCAACCAUUAUUAGCAUCUUUAAAGCACUUACUGAGAGCACAUACUGUAUAUCUUUGUCUGAGAUUAUUCUGAACAAUUCCACCCAAAAGCCAAAACCAUUAAGAAAUGACGUUAAAGACAUUAAGUAAGGAAAGAAGGGAAAGCCGUUAUAGGCUGGGGGUCAGAGUGGGAAAAGGCAGGAAAAUUAAUAAGUGUGUACAAAGAAAAGAAAGAAAGAAUGGAAGGUCUGUAAGAGCUGAGUACGAGAAAAAAGACAGGAAAAUGAAAACGAGUGAGUGUGCAAAGGAAAGAAAGAAAACAUGUAUAGGACUAUAGGAAGUGAGCAAGAGUAAAAUGGAGAAAAAAGAAAGAAAGAAAGAAAGAAAGAAAGAAAGAAAGGUCUGUAAGAGCUGAGUAAGACAAAAAAAGACAGGAAAAUGAAAAAGAAGAAACAAAAAGAAACAAACAAAGAUAUAUAGGAAGUGAGCAAGAGAACAAUGAAGGAAAAUGAAUGAAAGAAAGAAAGGUCUGUAGGAAGGUAGGAGGAGAAAAAGGAAAAAAGAAAGUGUGAAAAAAAGAAAGUGUGCAAAUUAAAGAAAGACAGAAAAACAAAGGUGAGUAAGAGAAAAUUUGAGGGAAAACAAAAGAUCAGAAAGAAAAAAGUAAGAAAGGUCUGUAAGAGAAAAAAGACAGGAAAAUGAAAAAGAGAGAGUGUACAAAGGAAAGAAACAAACAAACAGGUAUAUAGGAAGUGAGCAAGAGAAAAAUGGAGGGAAAUGAAGGAACGAAAGAAAGAAAGGUCUGUAGGAAGGAAGGAGGAGAAAAAGACAGGAAAGGGAAAAAAUAAAGUGUGCAAACUAAAGAAAGACAGAAAAACAAAGGUGAGUAAGAGAAAAUUUGAGGGAAAACAAAAGAUUAGAAAGAAAAAAAAAGAAAGAAGGGAAGAAAGAAAGGUCUGUGAGAAAAAAGACAGGAAAAUGAAAGAGAGAGAGGGAGUGCAAAGGAAAAAAGAAAGAAACAAACAAAUAAAAGGUAUGUAGUAAGUGAGUAGGAGAAAAAUGGAGGAAAAUAAAAGAGUGUCAAGAAAGAAAGGUCUGUGUGAAGAAAGGAGGAGAAAAAGACAGGAAAGAGUGCAAAGGAAAGAAAGAAAGUGCCUUCACGAAGAAAGACUAAGAAGAGAAAUAUAGUACGAGGGACGGGAGAACAAAGAGGUGAAAUGAAAGGGGAAGAAAAGGUUAGCUCAUCUCUUGAGCAUGGGGUCAGUUUACUUUUGUUUUUCUGACGUAACUGAACCCGGACUCGGCGAUAGCGCGUGCGUCGAGUACACUGUCACGCGCGCGCACGCACGCGCACGCACGCACCCAGACCUGUCUGUCACUCAGUGUUGAGCGUCCGCGCGCGAGGCAGCACCAGCAGAAACAGCAGCAGGAGUAACAUCAGUAGCAUUUAUUGGGAACGUGAAAGCGCAAAACCGGGCGAAACUGGAGCAGACCGCGAGAAACCCGCCUAACCUGCCGUGGGGCGCAGCGGCCGCGCAGCCGCCCGUGUGGACUGAUGUGCUGGCGGAAAUGUCACGGCACAUCUACAUCCGCAACAAGAUCGGCGAGGGCAUCCAGGCGCCCAUAUUCCAGGUGAACAGAGGAACGUACUCGAGACGGAGUCGCCUUAAACGCUCCGAUGGCAGCACCACCUCCACCAGCUUCAUCCUCAGACAGGGCUCAGCUGAUUCCUACACUAGCAGGCCGUCCGACUCGGAUGUGUCAUUGGAGGAGGAGAGGCAGGAUGUGGGGAGCCAGGGCCGGCAAGAACGAGAGCAGCAGGCCGCCGUACAGCUGGAGAGAGCGAAGGCCAAAGCGGUGGCCUUCGCCGUGAAGACUAAUGUCAGUUAUUGUGGAGCGCUGGACGAAGAUGUGCCUGUGCCAGGAACAGCGAUUUCAUUUGAUGCUAAGGACUUCCUGCAUAUCAAAGAGAAGUUCAAUAAUGACUGGUGGAUCGGGCGGCUGGUGAAAGAGGGCUGUGAGAUCGGCUUCAUCCCCAGCCCUCUGAAGCUGGAAAACAUCCGAGCCCAACUGGAGCAGAAGAAGAGCCGUGUUCAAGGUAAGUCCAGUGGAAGCUCCUCCUCCAGCUUGGGGGAUGUGAUGUCAUCAGGCAAGCAGAAACAAAAAGUGACUGAGCAUGUGCCUCCCUAUGAUGUCGUGCCCUCCAUGAGGCCUGUGGUUCUGGUUGGUCCAUCCCUAAAAGGAUAUGAGGUGACUGAUAUGAUGCAGAAGGCUCUCUUUGACUUCCUGAAGCACAGGUUUGAUGGCAGGAUAUCCAUUACCCGUGUGACCGCUGACAUCUCCCUGGCUAAGAGAUCUGUGCUGAACAACCCGAGUAAGAGAGCCAUCAUCGAGCGCUCCAAUACCAGAUCCAGUCUCGCCGAAGUGCAGAGUGAGAUUGAGCGUAUCUUCGAGUUGGCACGCUCCCUCCAGCUGGUAGUGCUGGACGCAGACACCAUCAACCACCCUGCUCAGCUGUUGAAGACCUCACUAGCUCCCAUUAUCGUUCACGUCAAAGUGUCCUCACCGAAGGUCCUCCAAAGACUGAUUAAAUCCAGAGGAAAGUCUCAGAGUAAACAUCUCAACGUGCAGCUGGUAGCAGCCGAUAAACUGGCGCAGUGUCCACCAGAGAUGUUUGACAUCAUUCUGGAUGAGAAUCAGUUGGAGGAUGCGUGUGAGCACUUGGCCGAGUAUCUGGAGGCGUACUGGAAGGCCACACACACCUCCAGCAGCACUCCACUCAACCCGCUCUUGGGGCGGAACCUUGGCCCCUCUGCCCUCGCCCCUUACCCUUCCACCAUCUCCGGCCUGCAGAACCAGCAGGGCCAAAGAACGCGGCACGCCAACCACACAGGAGACCACUCCACAGCCAACGAGCGGCGCAACCUGAUGACCCCGGAUGAAAACUACCACAACGAGCGCCCUCACAAGGGCCGCGGCAACCGCAGCUCGUCGGGCUCACAGCAGGGCCGAGAGCACCACCACUACAUGGACGAGCAGCAGGACCCUUACCAGGACAGCUACAAACCGCACCGCAACCGCAGCUCACCGGGCACCUACAGCCAGGACUCACACCACCGGCUCUGAGCAAGUUUCAUCCCCUGCACUUGAGUCCAUUGUCAUUUAACAUAGCGUUUCUUUGGUAUGCAUUGAGUAUUUUUUUUGGUGGACGUCAUAAGCUCCUCCUAAAGCCCAGUCAUCUGACUUGCAUCUCCAUCUGCACGAAUGACAUGCUGAGAUAAAUGUGGAUCGUCCAGACUUUCAGCACUCCACCAUUCAUGCGUUCUCUUGUUUAUUUGUUUGUACUUGUGUUCUGUUACUGUUACUAAAGGUGAGAUUUUCCCAGCCAACAAAAAAACAAAACAAAACAACAAAAAAAAAAAACAUGUUUUUCAUGAUGUUCAAAAAUAUAUCAAGUGAUAGCCCUGACAGGGACCGGAGAGUAAACAAAAGCCCACAGAACAGAUCCACACUGUGUGCUUGAUGCAUGCUUCCUUCGGUGCUGGAUGUUGCGGUGACGCAGAGGCUCCUCAGACGUUACAGUCAGGCUUAAUGUCGAUGAUAUACCAACCCACUGCCAGUGAUAUUUUGUUAUAUUUAUGGAGUGUGAAGAGAAUUCUGCAAGACCAGGAUCUUAGGGUCUUCCAUAGCCUCUGGAUCUAGUUAUGACGAGAGGGAUUUUUUUAUACAGCUGAAUAAAAGAUAAGAUCCAUUUUGCGCCUUUGACACGUUUUCAUUUAGUACGAGAGAGUAACUUCUGUGAAAGUGCUUCCUCGUAGCUUCCAUGGUCUCAAUGGCCCUCUCAGCAUAGACCAUUGUUUGCUAGAUAGAAUAGCCGCUUAACCAAGAGACGCAGACCAUAUUUGGUAAACAGUAGUGUUGCUCUGAGCUAGUUUACAAUACAUGUAGGUGACAUUGCUCUUUAGAUUUUUUUUUCUUUUUUUUUUUCUCGAUACUAAGCAUGAGCAGACCCCAGAAUAGACCUACAUUUGCAGGACCUCAUAUGUCUCCAUCAUAGGUGCUGAGCGUCAGGUAGAAAACAAAAGGUGAUACUUCCUCAUGAUCAUGUGAGUGCCACUUUGGUCUCCUGACUGAAGUUGUGGUUUGAUCUGCUUCAACAAAUUCUCAGGCUCUUCAGGAUCAUAUCACCAUGAUGUGCUCUGAUCUCUGGAAGACAGACCGGAUUUACAUCUCGGAUAUUAUUAGCUAAAGUUCUCUCUUCUACUUGAACGCGCCAUGGUGGAAAAGCUGAUCUAAACCAUGGAUAAUAAGCAUGCAUGUCAAGGAACUUGAACGUUUGAGAGCCUGGAUUUUCUCUCAUUGAUUUAUGCUAGUUUGUGCAUUUAAAAAAAAAAAAAAAAAAAAAAAAAAGAUUUUAAAACAA